AUGAAAAUCCACCCCCCUGAUUUCGCAACCCACCGGCCCCGAAGGGCCCGCGCGCCGAGCUGCGCUUCCACUCACCGCGAGAAAGGUUCUGAGAGGCCAAGGGCGCCGCUCAGUCCCGGGCCCAACUGUACUUGGGCUGCAGCCUGUUCCAAGGCGACUUGCGCCCGGCCGGGGCCACUUCGUUACCAACCCCAAAGAGCUAAAGACGCGCGGGUUCAUUUGAAUUACGUGCGGGGGUCCAUCCCACUGGCCUCUUGGUGCGAUGGGAAACCACUUCAGAAACUUCUUCCAACAGCGUCUCUCCCCAUGUUGGAGGAGGGAGAUACUUCCUCUUUAAUUUUCAAUGUCUCCUGUAUCGUGUGCUUACAAAAUUCAGCCUCAGCGCCGCCAUCCGAGCAAGCGAAGAAAUGCGGGCCUGCAGUCCAGGCCCGCGCGCGGAUCCCGCGUCCGCUCCACGCGCCCCCUCGGGCGGGAGAACAGUGCGUGUGCCUCUUGCUGCCGCCGCCAGGAGGCGCCCGAGCCCCGCGUUCCCGAGCGCCUCUGCGCGCGGGUCUGGGCCGAGCUCGGGAGCCGCCGGGAGGCAACUGCGCAUCAGCGGACUCGCGGCCACGGUCGGAGCCGGGUGAGUGGUGCCAGGAGGCGGCGGCGACUCGGAAUCUUGGGGAGAGCCGCGAGUCAGACGGCGGCGGGUGCGCGGCUGCGUGGGAGGUGCGAGUGGACCUAUCUUCUGCUGUGGUUUUCCUGCCGUGCCUCUUCUCCACUCUCACCACUCUGAAGAAGCGUGCUUGUGAGCGCCGCGGGACGAUCCAGGACGUUCCAGGAUUGUGGACGAUCCUGUUCUUCCCAUCUGUGAGGGCCUGGAUCACAGUUCCUCAAGCUUUGCGAUACAAACAAAUCACCUGGGAUUUGGAUAAAAUGCAGAUUCACGUUCAGCAGCCCUGGCGUUCUGCAUUUCUCAUGAGCUCCAGGAAGACACUGGCGCUGCUGGGUGGUGAGGGAUUGGCAGGCAAUUCCAGGUGUUGCCUUAGAGAUGGCCUGCUAUUGCACUGCCAGUAGGUAGCUGCCACAGUGAUGGCCGCUCCAGAGCAAGGGGAGAACCUUUUGAAAAGGGUCCUUGAAUCAUUUGGGAAAUAAAUCAAGCCAUAUGAGUAAAAAGUAAUCAAAAAAUACAUUGAAUAUUGGAACCAGAGGAAAUCUUAGCAUCAUUUUGUAAUGACUCCCUGCACAAAUUUUCCAGAUGAGGAAACCAACAAAGCCAGGUGGCCUGUGGCUGAGGAGCAAGAUGCUCAGCGAGGUCUCCCUGCUGCACUCCCGUGCACUUCCACAGUGAUACCCUGCUGACAGACACAGGAAAUGUUGAACAUAGCUAUCUUUAAAAUUAAGACCAUGACUGCCCUAAACAUUUACAAAGGACCAACCAUGAGAAAAAAGCCUGUACCAGAAAUCAGAAGAUGGCUUUUGUCCAUGUACAACCUUGGGCAAGUUAAUUACUUAUCACUGCUCUCUGAGCCUUUUUCCCCACUGGUUACAAAAAAAAAGAAAAGGAUAUGCCUGCCCUUCCUAAUUCACAGGGCAUUGCAGGGAGGUAAGGUAGUUAAUAUGCUGAAUCACUUCAGAAGGGUGGAGCUGAACUCACAGUGGGAACCCUGUCACACACACAUUUCCAUGACAAGGAUAUUGGUGAGGUGAGGGAGGUGGGGAGAGGCAUGAGGAUGGGAGACAAAGGGGUGGGAUAGGGAAUGGGGGAAGGAGGAAGCCAGAGGGACAGGCCCAGGCUAGGCUCUGCAGUCAGAAGGUGAGCGAGGUAGAGAAUUAGCAGCACACUGUCCAUGGAUAUUUGUGGUGAUGGAAAUGUACUGCAUCCAUGCUCUCCAACAUGGCAGCCACUAGCCACAUGUGGCUAUCAAGCACUGGAAAUGUAGCUAGUGUGAUUGAGGAACUGAUCUUUAAUUUUUCUUUGUUAUUUAUUUCAGUUUAAAUAGCCACAUGUGGCCAGUGGCUUCUGUAGCAAAGAUCUAGAUCAUUUGUUUGAAGCAGUAAAAAGAGAAAUGUGAAUCCCCUCUUCUUACCUCCUAUAACAUGCUAAUUAACAUCACUGCAAUUAACCACCAUUCACAGCUCUUCAGCUGCUCUGUGGAAACUCAGCCCACUCUGAAAUGAACAGCCACAGUGGCAGGGGUUACAGAAUGGGCUGGGAGUGGCAAUGCAGAUUCAUCUCUUCACACACUCUUUAUGCCCUCAAUCAAAAAUGCCUCAGGCUGUGUAAAAUUCCAUAAAUAAUAAAGAGAUUUAAAAAAUA